AACUCAUUUAACUGUCAAAAAUUGAGGCUAAGCGUGAAGGAAGCAGGUUCUACAAGUGUUUUUUUAGAAAGUUUUUGGAAAAAUCGGCGUAAAUGGGUGCCAAGAAUUUGUUAUUGGGUCACUUGAAAGUGAUUUUGGGAAAUCAUGUCGAAUCGGAUAUUGUCGAUUAUAUACAUAGCAUAAAAAACAAGGAGGAUUUAGAUGAAUUUAUGGAGAAUAUAAUUGACAAAAACAAUAGCGGUCAUGUAACAUCUUACGAAGGGAUUUGCAAUAUUUUGUUUGGUAGCAAUAAAACGUCCAAAAAAAGUCAUUCUGAGACUAUGGUGACUCCCAAAGGUCAGGAAAAAAAUAAUAAAGCAAUAAAACAGAAAGGCAAAAAACGAUUUAGUGAUAUAAACACAUACCAAGAGAAGAAAAAGCAACAGGAAGGUAGGACAAUUUGUGACUGUGAAGGUCAAGUGCACGAAUUCAUGAAUAAUUGCUUAAAUUGUGGACGGAUUCAUUGUUAUGAGGAGGGCCCAGGACCUUGCUUUUUCUGCAGUGAACCAGUUACUUUAAUGGGAGAAGAAACUUACUUGGAUCUCUCGUCCUCACGUAAAAACAAGAAAAGUGCUUCUGUUACAAAACAUAAGGAAAAUACAGUUUUUGAUGACGAUAACGACUACUUCAAAACCGACUCAAAUCACGCUAAACAAGACAAACGCACCAUGGUCGUAGCACUUGACUUUGCAACUCGUAGAGUAAUUGAAAGCACCACUGAAGAUGUCCGAAUCAAAGAAAAACUUCAUGAAGACAUUAAAAAGCAUCUCGCUAAUGUCGAAAAACUGUAUCGAAAAUUGCAAAAAGAAUCUGAAGUUAUUGCAGUUCCUGAUAAUAAUGAUUUGGUCGAUUUGUUGGUACAAAUGAGACAUAAAAAACCGGUCGGAGUUGAAGAUUUGGGAUCGGAAGAUAAUAAAGCUCAUAUUAUCGAUUACGGGAAGGUUUAUGACGAGGAGGUUAUUGCAAAUACCGACCAUGGGCUGUGUCUGAGUAUGCACCAACCGUAUGCCAGUCUUCUUGUAGCAGGAGUGAAAAAACACGAGGGUAGAACGUGGAAGACUAAUCACAGGGGCCGACUAUGGAUAGCAGCAGCUGCUAAAGAACCAGACGAGGACGAAAUUUGCGCUUUAGAAACAUUUUAUCGGCACUACUACAACGACCAGUCAUUAAAAUUUCCACGAGACUAUCCAACAAGUUGUCUUCUGGGCUGUGUUUUUGUUGACGAUUGCUUAGACCAAGAAACUUAUAGAAAACGUUUUCCUAAUGGCGAAAGUAACAGUCCAUAUGUUUUAAUUUGCUCAAAUCCCAUCAUUUUACCAAUUUUCUACCCAAUCCUCGGCAAACAUAAAAUAUAUCCAUUAGAUAAAGAAUUGCAUAAUUGCGCCAAAUUAUCUCUCCGACAUGCAAACUACUUUGACUGAAAAAAGAGACGUACAUUCUUUUAUUUUAUUGCACUUUUUUGUUUGUUUACAAAAAUAUAAUAAAUUAUAACUAUACAAUAAGUUAAUUUACAUUUAC